CGUCUCGCGCUCGCCCUCUCGAUCCCUCUCUCCCUUGCUCCGUCCAAGAAUCCGUGACUGUCAACUUGAUCGCCGGCCGGACAAUGAGGUCCACGUCGCCAGUCUGCAUCCUCGGCCUCGCCGUCGCUGUCUUCAUGGCGGCGCACGCGGCCGCACAGGAGGAGUCGUGCGCGAACCCGGUAACAGUGACGGCCGCCUGCCGGGGCGCGUCGGACACGCACCACGGUGUGGACUACGACCACUGCGUGCGCUCCCUCUCCACGGACCCACAGAGCGGCGACGCCGCCGGCAUCCACGACUGGGCCAUCCUGGCCACCAAGCUCGCCAUCGACCACGCGGCCUCCACGGAGUCCAAGAUCUCCGACCUGGCCGAGCUGGAGUCCAUGGAGUCGGACCCCAUGAAGAGCGCGCGGUACGAGCACUGCCUGGAGCGGUACGGCGGCGCGGCGGACCUGCUCCGGGACGCGCUGGACAACCUGCAGGCCGGGGUGUACGGCAAGGCGUUAGAGCAGCUCAUGGCGUCGCUGGGCGCCUCCGAGAGCUGCGAGGACGCGUGGAAGGGCGCCGACAAGGGGAGCGUGCCCGUGGCGGCGCACGACAGGGAGUACGGGCGGAUGGCGCACAUCGCCGUCGGCUUCACCCACGCCGCCGCGUGAUCUGAUGAUCUGAAGUGAUCUAACAUGGCUCGUUGAUCUGGCGAAUUAUCAUCUCCUUCGUGACCAUCUUGCAACGAUUUGGUUCAUAAUUCCCCGCAAGUACCAUUAUUAAUUUCAUUAUGAUUAAGUGUAGUAGUACUUGGGUUGGUUUGUGGUUCUUUUCUUGUUUUGAUUUUUCGUUUCCGACUGUGUCCAUAAAAGUGAAUAUUGUAGGCUGGCCAUCAUCUGAUGUGAUAAAUCAAUAAUAACAAGAUGAGUUUACGGUGUA